AUGGACUCAUUCAUCAAAAAAGGACAAGAUUUCAUCAAAUCAGGCAAAGUCACACAAGAAGACGGUAAGGAUGCCUAUCAAGACUUUUCCAAAGGUGGAAAUUUCCAAGACAAUGCCAAGAAGGCAUACUCAGACUAUCAAGAGAACCACAAGGACGAUAAGAAUGGCGCUACUGGAUUCAUUGCGCAAAACAUAGUGAAGCAAUUGAUACAAUCCAAUUACAAAGUGAUUGGAUCUGUGAGAACUGCAGAAAAGGGGCAAAGAUUGCUCAACAAUCUCAAGGAAGCCGAAUUACCCGCGGAGAAUUUCAAGUUUGAAGUGGUGGAAGAUGUUGGUGCUGAUGGUGCCUUUGACAAAGCAUUGAGCGCACAUCCAGAAGCCGAAGUGUUUUUGCACACAGCUUCACCAGUGAAAUUCGACAUCAAGGAUAUCAAGAAGGACUUGCUAGAGCCAGCGAUAAAUGGAACAACCAAUGCACUUAGGGCUGUUCAGAAAUACGGCAAGAACAUUAAAAAGGUAGUGGUCACAUCGUCACUUUCAGCUGUUGCUGGAAGUCGAACUGUUCUCAAAGAAGGUGAGCUGGUAACCGAACAAAACUGGAACCCAGUCACCUGGGAGGAAGCGUUGAAAGAGGUCAGCGACGGCUAUGCUGGCUCUAAGAAGUUUGCCGAAGAAACAGUGUGGAAAUUCGUCAAAGAAGAAAACCCCCAUUUCACCGUGACCACAAUAUUACCAGGAUUAGUCUUUGGUCCCCAAGCAUUCCCUGAUUUCAACAAGGACGGCCUCAACUAUUCAUCAGAAGCUAUCAACAAAUUGUUGAAGCUUAAACCAAAUGACAAAGUGCCACAGGGAGCUGGUUUAUUUGUUGAUGUGAGAGAUUGCGCUAAUGCACAUAUAGUAGCGUUUCAAAAAGACGAGGCCGCAAAUAAGAGACUCUUUACUGUUGCUGGAAGAUACAAUAACCAAGAAAUCAUUGACAUAAUCAGAUACAAUUUUGACGAAUUGGACCAGAUUUUACCAAAAGGAAAUCCCGAAGACGCUAAGAAAUAUUCACCAAGACUGGACAGGUAUGACCAAAGUGUGACUAGAAGUAUAUUUGACUUUGAGUUUAUUGGAUUGAAGAAAUCGGUCGUUGACACAGUAAACCAGCUCUUGGAUUAG